AUGAACUCCUCUUCAUCUUAUCAUUCACGUCGUCAGACGGGCUAUCCUGAGGCGCCGAAAGAUUAUUCUACACGUCCCCUUGUUCGCUAUCGCGCCGUCUCCGUAGACCCCCUUCGUUCCUCUUUUCCUCAAAUUUAUCGAAAUGACCUGAACUUUCCGAUCUCAAGCGGCAGUUGUCAGCCUCCGGCUGUGCUGCACCACCACCCCAUAUCCUACCGCGGCUCGUCUCACUGCUAUUCCUCAGUCAAUGCGAUGUCUAAUCGCUCUGCCCUCUUCCUUCCGCCAUCAGCCUCCACACCCGGCUCUCGCUAUCGCACCACCGAGCGCUCUGCUUUUAUAUCUUCCCGUCCAUCUCUGUCGCGCUCUAGCUCCCUCUCCAAAUUCGCUCAGCAGCAGGCCUCUCCUACGCCUCAUACUUUCCCCUACAAUGACUCUAGAUCCCUGAGCAAUUAUUUCACCGAAUACUCGAACUCCAACUAUUCAAACAAUCACCGCUUCAAAUACUCUUACAGCCUAUUGCCAUCUCAAAUGUCGCGACGGAAUGGGUCACCUGUCAAGCGUGCAAGCUACGAGGAGGUUAAAAACUUCUCCCAUUUGUCUGUGUGUCCAUCACCAGAUUACAGCGGUACCGACACGGACUUCCGAUCACCGCCUUACCCUUCAGGCCGCAAUCCUCGAAGGAUAAACGGACGCAGUGAAGAAUGGGCUGAGCUCCACCCACGGCGAGUACAUCACGUGGAGGUGGAGACUGGAAACGAAGAAACGCCAAAAACGAAAUCCACAGCAGCAGGGAUAUCAGCCGAUUGCGACUCCCCAGACAUCCGAGUGGAUCGAGCAGUGGCAGUGACGGUAGAGGCGAAAACCGUUUCACGCUCGAGCAGUGAUCGUAGCACCUCACCUACCGACGUUAACUUAAAUAACACCACCUCUCCUACCUCUUCUGCUUCUGCUUCCACUUCCUCCGACGCCUACAGGCGAAAGUCCUCCGGUCUCCAUGGUGGCCGUGCCAUCACCACCACCGCCACCUCCUCCACCGCGUCCAUUUCUUCUUCUUCCUCCUCCAACGCUGUUGGUGUUAAUUCCUCUUCUGCUUCCCCCACUUCUACCGCUGGUUUGAUUGGACUCAGUAACCUUGGGAAUACGUGUUUCAUGAACUCUGUCAUCCAAUGUCUCAGCAAUACUAGGGAGCUGCUUCGCGUCUGUUUGGACUACGUCUAUCAGUCCGAGUUGAAUGUGAACAGUAGCAUGAAGGGCAACCUCUUUACAGCCUACGCGGAUUUGAUGCGUCAGAUGUGGACGCCGUCUAGUUCCACCAUCGCCUAUGUCAGUCCGCAGCGCUUCAGGUCGCAAGUGCAAAAGUUCGCGCCGCGUUUCAUGGGCUACGCUCAGCAAGACGCCCAGGAAUUUCUCCGCUACCUCGUUCAGGGUCUUCACGAAGAUGUCAAUCGUGUGACUAAACGGCCACCCUCAGAAAUUCCUGACUACGACAAGGAGGAUCGAAUGCCGGACUCAAAGAAGGCAGCACUUUACUGGCAGCGCUACAAACGGAUUGACGAUAGCAUCAUUGCAGAUCUAUUCCUUGGUCAGUUGAUGAGCACACUAGAGUGCAUGUCCUGCGGUCACAAGUCGACCACUUUCGAUCCCUUUUGGGAUCUCAGUCUUCCUAUUCCUCGGGGUAGCGAGGUGGACAUUCACAACUGUUUCGAUCUCUUCACCUCUAAUGAGAUUCUGGAUGGUGCUGAACAGCCAACUUGCAGCGGGUGUAAACGUCGGCAGCCGUGUCGCAAAAGCCUCUCCAUCCAACGAUUCCCCAAGAUUCUGGUGAUUCACUUCAAACGCUUCUCUGGGGAACGAUCGCGCUCCAAACUCACCACAUUCAUCGACUACCCCAUCGAACACCUCGACCUUAAUCGUUAUGCUGCGUAUUGUUCUCCCGAGACGAAUGCUUCCUAUCGUCUCUAUGCGGUGUCAAACCACAGUGGUAGCGUAUUCGGUGGCCACUACACCGCCUCCUGCUUGCAUCCCAAACUCGGCACGUGGUUUGAAUUUAACGACACAAGACCGCAAGAGACGCAUGAGAAGAGUGAGGCCAAUCCGAAAAACCGAAGCCGUAUCAUCAGAGGCCUACGUUCUCUUCUAUCAAAGGAACGACGGCAGAUCCGCUUGAAAAAUCGAUACUCACCCUGUUCCUCCUCGUUCCCGCCAUCCCUUCCCCUUUCCCUUCAAAUACGCCUUGCUGACACGAGAUAA